GGAGUGCCCCUGGGCGCGCCCUAAGGGUCCUCAGGUUGAUCUGCCUGCUGCUCUCGUUCGCUGCUGCUGGACCCUGUGCUGGUGAGCUGUUAGUCCAAGGGUUCUCCAAUCAAAGGAAGCCAAUUGAAGUAAAGGCAACCUCUUGGCAAGAAUCAGUGAAAUAAAUUCAUGUCUGUUCCCUGUCCGCAAUUGAAGGCCAUUCGUUUAAAGAUUUCAUCAGCUGUGUUUCCGAAGGGGUAUAUGGCAUUAUGAACAAGAGUGUAACUCUCAAGCCAUUGCAAGAUACAGUUUUUAAAGAAAUCACAUGGAAGAAGCAAAAAGAUAAAAUCGUAGAAUGGUAUAGGGACUCUGAGUUAAGAGCUUUCCCACCAUUUCAGGGUAGGAUUCUUUUAAACACUACGUCAGGUGAUCUCACCAUCUUCAAUUUAACAUCGUCAGAUGAAGAUCGCUAUGAAAUUGAAUCCCAAGAUCUUAAAGAUAGCAUUGUGUUUUUUCUUUCUGUGAUUGAGCUGCUUCCAUCUCCAAUUCUAAAUUGUACAUUGACUGAUAAAAACAUUAUAGUCCAAUGUACAAUCCCGGAACAUUACAACAGUCAUGUUGAAUUUAUAGAGUACUCAUGGAAUUGUGGUUUACAACUAUGUAACAGCACUUCCUCGAAACUUGAAAUAAGUUUUAAGGAGAAUGAUCUUUCACAGGAAAUACAGUGUGUCCUAAGCAACCGAGUAUCCAAAAUGAAAUCAUCAAUUACUUUGGGAACCUGUGUGCCAAAUCAUCACUCAAGGCACAGGUGGUUGCUUAUACUAGCAUUUGUUACAUCGUUGGUAAUUGUAAUACUCAUGCUGUUUGGAAAAGGUGUACUAAGAUCUUGCAGAAAAACACACAGACCCAACUCCAGUUGAUGGAUGAUAGAAGAUGAAAGAGCAUGUAUGAUAACUGAAUUAUUUAAAUGUAAAUGGAAAAGAUUCAAGCUGGAGAGACUCGUGUCAGACGUAAGAAUGCCAGCGUGCAUCCCAGGAAACAAAAGGUCAGGAUGUAAACCAUUUGGGAAGGAUGUGUUAAGAUGUAAACAACUUGUUCCUGGAAAAAAAAAAAA